UUGUAGAGGAACUGCUAAACUGUUUUCCCACAGUGGUUGCACCAUUUUACAUCCCCACCAGCAGUGUAAGAAGGUUCUAACUUCUCCAACAUUUUCAUUAAUAUUGUCAUUUUUUUUUCUUAUAGCCAUCCUCAUGGGUAUAAAGUAGUAUCUCACGAUCAUUUAAAUUUGUAAUUCCCUAAUGACUAAUGAUGUUCAACAUCUUUUCAUGUGCUUACUAACCAUUUGAGUAUCUUCUUCGGGAAAAAUGUCUGUUCAAGUUCUUCAUCCUUUUUCAGAUUAAGUUUUUGUUGAGUUUUUAAGAGUUCUUUAUAGAUUCUGGAUACUGUGCUUAUCAGAUAUAUAAUUUAUAAGGGUAUCCCAUUCUGUAGUCUUUUCACUUCUUGAUAGUGUCUUUUGUAGCACACAAAUUUUCAAUUUUGACGAGGUCCAAUUUAUUUUUUCUUUUGUUGCUUGUGCUUUUGUUAUUAUAUCUAAGAAACCACUGCCAAAUCCAGGGUCGUGAAGUUUACCCCUGUGUUUUCUUUAAAUAGGUUUACAGUUUUAGCUCCUACAGGUAGGUCUUCAUUGUAUUUUGAGGUAAUGUUUGUAAAUGAUGUGAGGUAGGGGUCCAACUCCAUUCUUUGCCAUCUGGCCGUCCAGUUGUCCCAGCACCAUUGUUGAAGAGACUAUUUUUCUCCUAUUGAAUAAUCUUGGCACCCUUGUUGAAAAUCAAUUGACCAGAGAUGCAUAGGUUUAUUUCUGGAGUCUCUUUUCUAUUCUAUUGGUUAGGACGUCUAUCCUUAUGCCAGUUCCACACUCUGGGUUACUGUAGGAUUAUAGUAAGUGUUGCAAACAGCGGUAAGGAAUCUUCAAACUUUUUCUUUUUUGGAGAGUGUUGCUGUCUCAACCAGGUUAAACCUUCAGUCCAUGAACAAGGAUACACACACACACACACACACACACACACACACACACGUGUGUGUGUGUAUGUUUCCCUUUUUUCUAGCACUUUGUAGUUUUCAGUAUGUCUUCCACCUCCUUGGUUAAAUUUAUUCCUGUUUUAUUCUUUUUAUUUGCUACUAUGUAAAAAUACAAUUAAUUUUUGUGUGUUGAUCUUGUGUCCUGCAACUAAUGAGCUGAACUUUUUAUCUCUAACGGUUUUAUCCAAAUAGGUUUUGUUUUUACAUGUGACUUCAUGUUUUCCCUAUAUGAGAACAGGUAUCUGCGUAUGAGAAGUUUAACUUUUGAAGAAACUGUCUCCCAAAGCAGUCAUAUCACUUUACAUGCCCCCCAGCAGUGCACAGAGCCCCAGUUCCUCCACAUCCGUCCUUACACUUGGUACGACCCACAUGAUACCCCAUCAUCAACUUACAGGGCAAUGGACGGUUAGAAAAAUUAAGUGACUUGCGCAGCCACCCCAAACCACCUUCUCAGCAGGCUCAAAGCACUCGCUCAGAUCUCACCAAGUCUGUGCCCUUAGAGCCUCAUUUCCCACCCACGGAUGAGCAAACUGACACCCCAAGAGGUCACUGAGGGAGUGACUCUCCGACCUUCAAGACCUGAGUCUGUUUUGUGUGGCCUGUCCCAAACCAGAAGAUCAGGGACCUCCUCUAGGAUUCCACUCCCUUCCCUUGCCCUCCACCCACCCUUCCCCUACCCCGGGGCAUCAUACUCUCCCAAACUUGGGGGUCCAGGAAGGCUGGGAGUGUUCCGUUUGACAUCACAGAGCCGGUUGCCACGGGAGACGUGCAGACCCAGGCAGGGGAGAGCCGAGCCCUGCUGCACAGGAGGCCCAGCAGCUCCUCCCCCACCACGCUGGCCCUCCAUGGAAGCCUUGGUCUGUGCGUUCUCUGAGCUGCGCAUAAGAGAAGAUGCAGUGAGCUGGGCCCGAGGACAUCCCAGCCACCCCGACACGCCACCCAACAUCUACGAGGGGGGCCUGGGGGCCCAGCAGCAGUGCCCCGGUGCCCAGGGAAGCAAGCCCAAGAACUUCCGGCUGCGCCACCUCCGGGGCCUGGGUCUCUACCUGCCGAGCCACAUGCAGCCCGCCGGCCAGGGUGAGAGCCACUGGCUGGGCCAGCUCAUGGCCAGGGGCUGCCUCCCACCACCCGAGGGUAUGGCCUGGCCGCUAGACCUGCCACACGGGACUUUGGGCCCAGGGGACAGCCACCGCUCAGUUCUUCUGGAAACUCAAGUGCCCGGGGACAGCCUGGAAAAUCCAGGGCUCUCUUUAUGGAGAACUGCUCCUCCUUUCCUAUUCUGAAGAAUGCCAGGUUCGGGGUGGGGUGUGCGGUGGUCAUAGGAUGGGCUAGCAACCUCCCUUCAGUCCCUCCGAGUGAUUCCUCUCCGUCCACUUUCUUCAG